AUGUCAUACGCAGGCACACUCCCCCUCUUCGCCCCGGGACCCAAUCCUCGAGCACCUGCCCUACCCUGGAGAUCUGACGACUUCACCGCCGUCGACGACCGAGUCCGAGGCGGAACCAGCCAUUCUCGCACCGCUAUCGUCCAAUACCCAUCUCAAUCACGCGGCGAACUCGUCUUCUCCGGUUUCCUCGACACCACCACACUCGGCGGCUCCGGUUUUGCCUCCCAAGCCUCCACCACUCCGCCCCCCGUUACACUCGCCAAGACCGACUUUUCCGGUCUCCGACUCGUCAUUCGUCGCGAACCAAACUGGUCAGAACCCUCUCCUAUUCCUCCUGGUGGCAGUAAUCCAGGAGGCGGCAAGCGCCCCGUCACAUCUUUUGUUUUCCAGAUCAAGACGGAAAAACCUCGACGCAGGCCAGAUGGUAGAAGGGAAAGUGGUGUUGUUUGGGAGUGGAGUUUCACCGUUCCGCAAACGCAGGAGGGAAUGAAGGGAUCCAGAGUCAACCCCGUGUUGAGCAAUGAAGAGUUCUGGGUCUUCGAUUCGACCUGGGAAGAUUUCAAGCCUUCCUACCGCGGCAGACCCGUAGACAAGGACACAGCCGGCGAAUUCCAACCAGAACAGACAUACGAAUGGAGCUUCAUGGCUCGGUCCAACUUCCAAGCUCAGUCAGGACCUUUUGCACUCCAGAUGCACAGCUUGAGCGCAUUACCCUUAGAAGACCAGUUCCAGUCGACCUACCCCCCUCACUCUAGCUCAACUUCCCCGUUACCGGUGGAAGAAGAAUCUACCCUUGACGCUCCACCCCAAAAUUGGGUCGACGAGAAAGCAGUCCUGUGGAUCGGUUGGAUCGCAUGGGCGCUAACGCCGGAUGAGGUGUUGCAGAAGGUAGGGAUUGCUUGGUAUCCCAAUAGAGAAUGGGCAUUCUUGCUGCCUGCUUGGUCGUUGUUUGUGGUUCUGGCAGUGUAUGCGAUAUUCAUUGGGUUGAAUGCUAGGAACACGCCGGAGCUGGAAGACAUCAAUAACGUUACGGACUCAGUGCAGAACCUGUAUCGUAUCUCGAUGCAAGAUGAGGUACAUCUCUUCGAAGACGAGAAGAUGUUGGCUCAUAGUCUUCAUGAUAUCUAUGACCUUCCACCGACGUAUGUUUCUCGUCAGAUUCACCUGUAG